AUGCUGCCGCAAGGCUUGCCAACAAUGCCGUCUUUCCCGUUCGCUGCGUCGCCCAUCGCAUGGGGGGCAGACGCGGAGAGCGCGGGGGGAGCCACGGCCGCGGAAGGCGAGACGAUCGCGGCAUGGCAGCAAGGCGCCUCCGAUUCGCCUCCGCCACCGUCGGAGCAACGGCAUGAGCAGCUGGCGGCGGCAGUUCCGGCGGAAGGAGCGGUUGUUGCGACGGUAGCGGAGGGAGCGGGGGAAGAGGGGGAAGCAGGGGAAGCGAGCGGGGAGUUCAGAGUGGAGAGCGGGAAGUGGCGCGUGCGCAUGGCCGCGCGCGAGGAGAUGAAGGCGGUGGCGGACCUGCAGGCGGAAGUGUUCCACGACCCCCCGCCCGCCCCGCUGUCCGCGCUGAACGCCUUCUUCCUGGACAUGUUCAAGGCGGAGCUCUUCGACAACCUGCUACACAAGGUCAAGUACUCGCCGCCUGACAGGUGCGCUGCCCACUCCUUGCUCGUUCUUGCCCCACUUCUCCCUCCCAUCCCCUCCCCUUCUCCCCCCGCGCAUGCGCAUGCACGCAAUGACUCUCUGGCUCGCAUCUAUCCCGGCCUCUGUUUCCCGCUCAUUGCCUUAGAGUUGCUUGCAGUGGUUGUGGCAUGUCUCCGUGUGCAUCCCCACCUCCCACCGACCCAUCUCGUGGCACAGCCUUCCACCCAGCCGUUUCCGCCUCCUCACCCAACCAGCGAGUCACCUGCAGGGGAAAGCUCCAAGAGACCGCCAUCAGCAUCCACAUCAGCAGCAGCAGCAGCAGCAGCAGCAGCAGCAGCAGCGUCAGCAGUGGAGGUGGUGGGAGUGGUGGACCUGACAGCGCUGGACGACCGCAGUGUGCUGAAGCACCUGUCAGGGGCGCAGGACUACCUCUACCUCUCCGGCAUGGCUGUGCACGCCCCCCUCAGUGCCUCUCUGCUCGUCCCAGGACUCUGCUUCUUGCCCUCUCUCCCUCUUCGCACAUUCAUUCCCUCGUGA